GAACGAACCAAUGGGAAUUGAGAUGGGCGUGUCCCCGCAAAAUUCAAGCGACAGUUUUGUAGAGAAAGAGAAUGUGGUGGACGUUGUGUUAGCAAAGAGCAAAACUGUUAAAAACAAAUACUAUAUUUAUUUUGAUUAAAUAUUUUUUGUUUUGUUUUUGUGGAUGAUCGGAUAAAACAAUGGAAACAGUGACGGAGGGAGACGUGUCUAAACUAUCUAAGAUAGAGCAACGCAAACAGAAAUUGGCUGAAUAUCUUGUGGCAAAAGGAAGACUGAAAGCACCUAAUCCAAAACCAUAUCUCAAGGAGAAGCCUGUUACAAAGAAACAUGCUGAAAAUAAUCAGAAGCCCAAACUUUUCUUUCAGACAGGUGAUGAAAAGGAAAAUUGUGGCAUCAAUGGCACAAAUGUAAAAGAAGUGAAGAGAGUGAAGUCAUUGGCAGAGGUUAAUAAAGGCACAUCCUCAAAAAAAGGACUCAGCAUCCAUUCACAAGCCAAAGCCCCAGCACAGUCUUCCAGUAAUUCCCGUAAUACUUGCCAGGCAGCCUUUCACGUUUUGAAGACACAGAGCAAUAGAACGGCUUCUCUUCAAAAUCCAAGGAAACCACACAAAUCUGAGAAAACUGACGCAUCAAUCCAUGGCGCAAAUAGGAAUCAUCCACAAAGCCUUCAAAAUGGCCAACAAAAAGCCCAUCAAACACAGCCGGCUUCCCAUGCUUCAAAUAAAACUCAAAAAUCAAGAAAAUCAAGUAUUGUUUCAGUCUGUGGCCCUUCACAGUCUGGAUAUGGCAUCUCUGCCCACAGACGCACAGAACAAAUGCACCACACUAAGACGGACCUUCAGUCAACAAGGCCUUUGGCUAAAAAAUUAGUAGAAACAACCAUCAAAACAACUUCAACUACCAAUUUAAAGAGUCAAAGACCAAUUAACACAACUGGGACAAAAAUUCAGACAAACAAUGUUUUUAAAACCCAGGCAAAACUGACACAGCAACCCAGAAGUCAAAGUGCUGUAACAAAGCUUGGGAUUCACAACAGCAGUUCUCAGAGCAAUAAACUCAUGAGCAGAAAAUCGAAUUCGGCGACAAACAGAUCUGACGUGUACCACAGAAAGGAUAUUUCAUGCAUUAUCACAAAAGUUGAUGCCACAAAAACUAAAUCGCAUUGCUCUGUCACAAACAGAGCAACAAGAACAAGUGUCUCUUCAACUCUAUCUAAACCAGCAGAUAGUGAAGGAUCAGCGAUCAUUAAAAACAAACAGCAUACUACUGUUAAACCAACUAAUGCUACUGCUUCUACCAAACUCCUUGGUCGAAACACCAAGAGUGGUGUAUUGCCACAGACUGCCACUGCGCCCCAAGAGCUUCAGCAGCCCGCCAAGAGAUCCAGCCAGGCCAAGCCUGCGGUGCAAUUGCAGACCCCUACAUCCAGUUUCUGUCCCAGUACUCAAGGUGUCCGAACAGCCCCGGUAGAUGGAAGGAAGAAGCCAACUGCAGCACAGGAGGAGAGACUGCGUAAGCUCCAGGAGUGGCGGGAAUCAAGGGGCAUCACAUAUAAACGUCCUCCUAUGCCUGUCCGGCUGGUGAGGAGGAAGACGGUCUCUGCUAUUCCUCAGCCAUACUGGACUUCUAUGGAGAAUGAAGAUGAGGUUCAUAACAUUGUCUUUGCUGUGGACCGGUCACUAGAUGACUGCAUUAAAUUAUUACAGCAGGGUUUCCCGGCGGAACAGGUCAGAGAUGUGCUGUCUCGGGUGCCAAUGGCACAGAAGUUCGCUAAAUACUGGAUCUGCCAGGCCAGACUAAUGGAAAGAGAAGGAAACCUGGAGGUUCUGCCCAUGUUCCAGGAGGCCGUCCGUGUAGUAAGAGAGCCAGUGGACGAACUACGAUCUGUGGUUUUUGAGAUCCUUAAAAAGAAACAGAUUCAAGUUGUGUCUCCGAUGCCAAAAGAGCCUGAAGCGGUAGAGACUAGGAUGCAUGACGAACAGGAAGGCGGUGACAUCAUAUCUACGCCAAAACCUGUUGGAGCCCUCAUAUGUGGAAUGAGGGGUGACUCGUCUGUCGUCAAAUAUAAAAUUACAGCCACCCCAGGGGGGAAAAGGAGUCAGCAGGGAGCAGAAUCAGGACAAGUAGACGGUCACGAAAUCCGUUUCUUUACCCCAGUGCGGCGUUCAGUGCGGAUUGAGAAAACCGCUCUGUGCUAUCCAUCAGCCUUGCAGGAACACGACCCCUGUGUGACCUCUCUUUGUGACCUUGCAGGUGAGAGAAAGGAAGAGGUUGAAGGUUACACACAACCCCAGAGCUUUCCUGUGUAUGUGUACCGAGAGAACGAAGCACUGAGAGACCAUGUUCAAGUUAAACUUGUUUAUCCAGAGGAGGCUGAAACAUGAUAAUGUUUAUUAUCAUUCAGUGACCUUCAUUUCCCACCUAGAAGCAAAGAAUUGUUUUUAUCAUUUUAAUUUAGUUUUUACUAUGUUUGUAAAAUGUCUAUUGUACUAUGGUGCACAUUUAGCCAAGCUCAUAUACUACUAAACAUUUCUUGCUAGGCUCUAGCCAGAACUUUGCCUUUUUUAUACUGGUUAGAUGCUACCUAAUUUGUUGCUAUGAUGAAUUUCAACAUUAAGCAUUGCUAUAUACAAAUUACAUUGUAUAUAUUCUUUCUGCAAAAGGUUGGAUUUUGAAUGAUAAAUAAAUAAUAUUUGAGUCAC